AUGUCCUAGUUUCAUUUUGGAUUCCGAUGGGCUAAUCCGGUUCGGUCCUCCAAUCCACAUCUUCAUGGUCCUGAAGAUCCGUUUCUUUUAUUUCUGGUUAACCGAUUUCACUCGGUUUUAGUCCGUGCAUUGCCUUCACGGGUCGUCUCCUCGAUUAAAUGCGUGUUACCUGAGCAAACUGUGGACGCCCAUCUCUGCUCGCCUGCUGAAUUUCAACCCGACACCAGCUGCACUGAUUCUGUUAUCGCUACGUUUGGCGAUACCUUAAAUCACCCCACUUUCCAUAAACCUUCUGAUACUGAAUCAGCAACUGUAGACGGCAAUUUCAAUAAAUUGGCUUCUAACCCUUCACCGGCUGUCUUGGAUACUUCUGAUACUAGUGCAGCUGUUGAUUCAACGACAGAUAUCCAAAUCGACUCAUCUUCGGCACUACUACAACAGCAGCCAGGUCUUGGAAACACAGGCAAGAAACGGGUUUCGGUCUCCUGGUUGAAGCAGAGGUAA